GAUUUGAUAGGAAGACUCACAAACCAGAAUACGGAAAGUCAAAGAACCGGAUGCAAGAAAUGUGGCUAUAGUAAGUUUAGCCUUACUUAUUUGCCGUUAUUUAGGAAGAUACCUGAACGUGUGUUAAUUUUUAUAGCUUUAGCAGAAACUUACCCAUGCCAUUCUUUUUAAUAGUAGUUGCUUUCCUCUCGCGAUUAAGCUUAAGCUUAUAUUAGUGUGAAUAAUAUACACAUACUAAUGUAAGCACUGCGAUGGCAUCAAGCCUUCAAUUGAAAAAAAAAAAACCUUUGGCUUUCUCCCUCCUGUGUUCUAUUCUAAAUUUAAAAUAUUCAUUUAAGGCAUUUAUGUACAGCACUGGUAAUGUUAGCCUGAGAAAACAUUAACAGCCAACAUUUCAUGAUGCCGCCACUGGAUUCCCCGUGGACUGAUGUCUGAGGUCAUGCUGCUAGAGAAAUUUGCUUUAACUAAUCCGAAGCACCACCUAUAUCUUGGCAGUGAUGCAUCAUCAGUAUGGAAUUUCUUCAGUCAUUCUUCAAACAUCAUUUUGCAGAAAAACCAGUGAUGGUGUCAUGAAAAGUCGGCUGUUUUCUUGUGCUAUAGAAAAGUGAAAGAAUACAAUAUUGAGGAGACUGAAAAUUUGUAGGAGUAAAAAUAAAAGAAAAAUAAAUUCUUAAUUAUCCUCUCUCCUUGGGGGUUUUCAGGGAUAAUGAACUUCAAAUAAAUUUAAAUGGAAAAUAACAAAGUUAAGAAUCCCAGCUGGUAGGUUGAGGCAAACCGGUUGGCUAUUUACUAGCACAGCCGAAGAUUUGAACUUGGGACUACUGAGAGCAAAUCGAGCAGUUAGGGUGCGACUUGAACUUGGGGCAUGUGGAUAACAAGUCCAGCACCUUCAAAGCUUAGCCACACUGCCUCCCUAGUAUCAGUGAUUUUGUUACCUCUGUGUCCUGUGUCCCUAACGCACAAAAAUCCCCACAGACGCAGAACACAAAAGUCAAUGGCAUGCGUCCUGUAGGGUGCAAAGUUUGAUCGAUCGAUAGAUCAAUAUGAAGAUGUUUUUGUAAAAUGUCCUGUUCGUGUGAUUUCUCUGGCUGUUCUUGUGGCUGUUGUUUAAGGAUGCAUAUUUCUUUCAGUCUUCGUUGUGCUUUACAAAAGAUUAUCUUUUAUCUGUCUGGUCACAUAAAGGCCCAAGAAUUUUCAAUUUAGGAAUUAUUGUUUUUUGAACUGGGAUUCAAUGGUUCUGGAGUGGGACUCAUGAUUUCCAUACCAGUAACUAUUUGUAACAAAAUCACAGUAGUAUCCUUCAUUAUGGUUUUCCCACUAGAAAUGGCUUAAAUCAGUAAAUGUUUCCGCCUCACCAGGUGGUCACCUGACCUUUCAAUGUCGCAACUUUGUUCGCGUUGAUCCGAAGAAAGAUGUAGUUGUCGACGUCAGUAGUACUUCUAGUGAGGAUGAAAGUGAGAAAGAAGUAAGCGUGAGCUCCACAUCAACACCCUCCUCAUCUGAUUCAGAUACAAGAAGAAAGGAAACAAAAACCAAGAAAAGGAAAACAGCAAAAGAAAGAGACGAAAGGGUCUCAAGGUAUAGACAUUGUAUUUUUGCAAUUUAUUGGUAGUCAGGAGAAAAAUAAAUGUCAGGACCAUCAUUGUUGUUGUCAUCUUUUUUCACUAUCAUCUCCAUAAACUACCCUCAUCAUGACCAUCAUCACUUGUAUUAUUUUUACCUUAAUCUGCUAUCAUGACUGCAGUCAUCAUCAUCAUCAUCAUCAUUAUCGUCAUCAUCACCAUUGAGCCACCACAAUCAACUUGAGUUACAUUCUAAUUCACCAUGUUCAAAGUAAUGUAUUAAUAUUUUGGUUUUUUAUUUUUUAUAUUGAUUAUUCAACUCACAAAAACUGUAUUUUCAGGAGAUCUGAAUCGCUAGAGAGGACUUUGAAACAGCGAGAUGUUCCACGGCAAAGAGCUGCCUCAUACUCUCCCCCUGCCAAAAAGUAAGGUUUUUCCUCAGUCUCUUUCCUUUUUUCUAUGCAAAUUUGAAAUUGUUCAAGAUAAUAAAAAUGCCUCUUAAUCGUAAAUGAGUAACUUGCGGCACAGACAUAAUCUAACGCUGAUUAGUAACGUCUGAGAAGCAGUGAUGAUAUCCUUGUUCUGGGGUCCAACAGAAUCAAUGAAUUACCAGAAAGUCAUUUUGAAUUUCCCUUCAACAGAAUGGGCCAAUGACAGUGGUCCUUUUCAACAGGCCAGUCGUGGCACUUACUCAAAUCCUGGUACACAGGUGGUGGCUCAGAACAAGAACCUCAUCACUGUUUCCAGAUGGACGCAACUAAAAGUGUAGUUCCAUCUGUGGUGCGGACUACGAAUGAGGAGUGCAUACAUUUGAAUUUACCAAUCUUUUCUGUAGAAAGACUUACUGUUACAAACUGUAUGAUGGCUUUUCUGCUCCGUGUUAUUGUCCGUUAACAUUAGCGUUCUUAUAUUUCAGCCCCAAGAGAUGCCACUCAACGACUACAGACAGUGAUCAGGGUAAGAUUUAACAAUAUUUCACUGUUAUCACUUUUAUUUUCUGCUGGUAAAAUUGUGUCAGUCUCUCAGAUAAAUCAAAAUGAAAGAUCAUAGUCAAUUUUAAUUUCAACUUUAUAGCUUUAUCAACUUUUUUGAAGCAUGGAACAGUUAACACUAAAGAGUCUUUUCUAUGUACAUUAUACAUGUAGGUGAAGAUGACUCUGAUGAUAGCAGAAGGAAAAAGAAAAAGACAAGGAGACACAAGUUAGUAUCAAUAUUAUUGUGGUGUUGUUUUUGUUUAGAGUUUUUUUUAGCUUGUUUGAAACUGACACCUGGUUAGCUCAUGUGGAGAAAAAUUUUCUUGUCUAAGGAAACACAAAGCUUGAACCUGAACCUACAGAUCUUAAGGUGCAGAGCCAUCACUAAGGGCUGAGACCAGGGAUUUCCCCCAGCUUCUAUGAAUGUGACCCUUGACUACUGUAAAAAGGAAAACAAAAGGAAUUUAGAACCAAAAGAACUUCCAAUCUGCUCAAUCUCCAGAAUACUAAUUGCACAUACCAAGGACCUUUAAAUCCAAGCGACACCCUCAAGGGUGUUAACUAGCAUGUCAUCAGACUUCUAGGCGGUCUCCCUGUCAGCACACUGGCCCUUUCCCAACUGAGAUAACUGGGUGGUUAAGGGGAGUUAGACUUAAUUUCAUGAUAAGUACUAUUUCCCAACAUUAUUUUUGUUUAUUAAAAACAGAAAAGAGCGCACAAGGGAUAAACAUCACAGCAAGAAACAUAAACGCAAAGAAAAGAGGAAAAGAAAGAAAAAGAAAAGCAGAAAACCAGAUUCCUCUUCAGAAUCAGACUGAAAUUAUACUGCAUUUUGCUAUUGAUGGGAUCACCAUGUAAUCCCUACUCAAGUAUUCAGCAAGACACAUAUUCUAUGACUUUUCAUCGAUCACAAAUGGCAAAAAUAGGAAGCAGAAUGUCAUUAGUAGCUGGGUGCUACUACAGAAGAACCCCGGUAACUCGCGCUCUGAAGGGACACAAAAAACAGUUAGAGUUAGCGAGGGGCUGAGUUUAACGUGCGAUAAAAAAAAAAAUCGCCUGAUCACAGGUUAGGUCGAGUUAUGAGGGUCGAUUAAAUCUUCAGUUUUUCACAUUAAUAUUGAUCAAUACAUUUUCUGAUAUAUUUUCAGCACUUAAGUAUACAACAGAGUGUAAAUUAAACUUAUCUCAUCAGAAAUUGUGACGUGAUUAUACAUUUUUAUGAUAAUACAGGGAAAUGACUGUCAAAUGUGUACACUGUUUACAAAUAAUUGCUGUAGUGUUAGUUCUAGGGAUUUUACUGAUUUGCAUGACAAGAAAAGCUGAUGCGAUGACAUUCAUGGUGAGUUGCAAGAACCACAAUUCAGAUUAUCAAGGUAAAUUUUGAUCAAGGGCAACAAAAUUUAGUUUGAGUUAGCUAGGAAUUCGAGUUAUCUGGCGAGUAAAAGUGACUGAAAAGUA